AUGGCCACGUCCACAUCAAACCCCACAACCUCCUCAACACAACGCCAACCCUCCCCCUGGGCAAACAAAUACCGCGGCGCCACAGUCGAAGACCUCGACCCACCCCCCGCCCUCUCCACAACCCCUCUCACCCCCCUCCACCAGGCUCUCUUCCAAGCCACCGCCCGCGAAUACACGCACCUAACCGUCCUCGAUCCCACCACAAAAUCUUUACUCGGUUACAUCUCCGCUCCCAACCUCCAAUCCCGCCUCUCCACCGGGGAGCUCGCCGAAUCGGAUCCCGUGGAAAAGGCAAUGACGAAAUUCAAGAGAAAAGGUAAGAGGUAUCGGGUGAUUACGAUGGAGACGCCAUUGGAGGAAUUGGAAAGUUUCUUUGCGGAGGGGAAUGAAUUUGCGGUUGUGACGGAUCCGGGGAGGAGGUUUGUGCUGGGGGUGGUGGUGGGGGAGGAUUUGAGGAGGUUUUUGGAGGGGAGGCCGGCGUAG